CGCCGUUUAUCGGCCCUUUUACCCGACAGGUGGCGAUGGGCCGGAUCUAUCAGAGGAGCUGCACAGGCCGGGUUCAACGCAGAGGUAAGAGUGUGUCCGGACUAAAGAGAUGGCUCUGCUAAUGGAGCACCAGUUCAGACAGCUGCCAGCUGACAGACAGGUGGAAACAAGACCUUUUCUGGAGGCUGUGUCAUACCUUCCACCAUUCUUUGACUGCCUUGGCUCUACUAUUUUUGCACCAAUCAAGGCUGACAUAUCUGGUAACAUCACAAAAAUCAAGGCAGUUUAUGAUACCAACCCUGCACGGUUCAAGACACUCCAGCAGAUAUUGGAGGCUGAGAAGGAAAUGCAUGGAGGAGAAUGGCCCAAAGUCGGAGCAACGUUGGCACUCAUGUGGCUAAAAAGGGGUCUAAGAUUUAUCCAAGUCUUCCUUCAGAGUCUGGUGGAUGGUGAAAAGGAUGAGAGCAACCCAAACCUCAUUCGAGUCAAUGUCACCAAAGCCUAUGAAAUCGCCCUCAAGAAGUAUCACGGCUGGUUGGUGCAACAGCUCUUCAAGGCAGCUCUGUUCGCUGCUCCGUAUAAGUCAGAUUUCCUGAGGGCCCUCUCCAAGGGUCGGGAUGUCAAGGAAGAAGAAUGCAUGGAAAAAAUCAGAAAAUUCCUCAUCAACUUCUCCGCCACUGUCGAUGCUAUUUACGAGCUGUACAACAAGAUGAAUGCUGAUCUUGACUACACAGUGUGACGGCGGGACGCUCCGUUGUCCUUAAGUGAGCCACUCAGUUUACAAAAGUCAUUCACAUUCUGCAGUCUACGUAUCGACAUGGAUCCCUUCAGGUCGUCUGACGGCUCACAGGGGGAGUGCAGUUAUGAUAUUACACUUCAAAUACUUGUGCAUUUUUAAUUGUCUGUGUGCCUUUUCUGGCUUUUUUUUUGGUGCAUAUUUUUCCUGAGCAGCUGCAGAUAUGUAUUUCCUUACUCCUCAUUUUAAGAGCCUUUAACGUGUUUAAACUCAAAAGUAUUGCCAGAUGUUUAUGAUCACACACACUCUCACAUAUGUCUGAGAAUUGUAUCAACUAAAACCAGCAGCAACACUGUUAGAAAAGCAGUGAGAUGGAUAAUGUGGACAAACAAUCAUGACUGAAUAUAACGCAAAACAUCAAACACGAAGAUACUUUUCAUUUCUUAAAAUUAGGUUUUAACAGUGUUAAAAUCCGUCACGCUGAUAUGUCUGCAAUGAUUUGUAACACAAGAAGGAAUCAGACUUCGCUUAUUUGUAAUCAUACAAAAAAUGAAAUCAUUUAUAGUCAUAGUACCUGUAAGCAAUAGUAGACAGACGGAUAACAUCCCUAAAGUGUACAACUGUUGCUUAUAUACUGAAGCAAGCAUUCCUUCAAGACAAGAAGUCACUACUUCCAUCUUAUCCAACAACGCUGUAUUCUAUAGCUGUCCACGAUUUGGUUGACAUUUGUACUUUUUAAUGAACACUUUUACAUGACGUUGUGUCACGUUGUCGUAAGUUAUACAAAAUGCAGCCACUUGAACCAGUAUCAUGACUUUUAAUGUUGAAUUUUCUUUGUCAUAUACAGUUUUUUUUGUGUGUGUGUGUGUUUCAUUUGUUGCUCACAAACUAAUACUGUUGUAAAUGACACACCUGUUUGUGCCUUAAGCUGGAGGUACGGCUCAUUUAAGUGACCAUUUUCUGCCUUUAGUCGUUUAUAUUUUUAUACAUGUCACCUUGUAUAAACCAGGCAGGCAAAUUGAAAAAAAAAAUAUUUAGUAUAACUGGAGGUCUGGUCUGCCUAUGAUGUACUUAUCUGCUAUGCAGGACGUCCAUAUCUUUGCUACCUUUCCAAAGCGAUGCUUCACAAGUUGUUUUUCAGUCCACUCUGCUCUCAGGUGCUGACGUUACGCUAAAUGUGUGUUUGCUUUAAAUCUCAUUGUCGAGAGAAGUUUUUCAUUACAAUGUGUUGUUUUUGCCUCUGUCAUUGGCAAAUCUAAGCUAAAUGUCUCCUGUGAUGUUUAGCCCAGAGAUAAAAGGCUUGUCUGAUGUUUCUUGUGGCAUUAUGUUGCAGUGUGUGUACAGUGCAAAAUCUUGUACACUGAUGUUAUGUAAUAAAAAUAAUAAGAAAUUAU